AUGGUGUACUUGAAUCGAGGCGACCGGGAGCACCGGCAUCUACUGCUGUGUUUUAUAAUUCUCACAGUCUGGGAGACUGGAAGCGGCCAGGUCCACUACUCAGUCCUGGAGGAGGCUAAACACGGCACCUUCGUGGGCCGCAUCGCCCAGGACUUGGGGCUGGAGCUGAUGGAGCUCGUACCGCGCCUGUUCCGGGUGGCGUCCAAAGACCACGGGGACCUUCUGGAGGUAAAUCUACAGAAUGGCAUUUUGUUUGUGAAUUCUCGGAUCGAUCGGGAGGAGCUGUGCGGGCGGAGCGCGGAGUGUAGCAUCCACCUGGAGGUGAUCGUGGACAGGCCGCUGCAGGUUUUCCAUGUGGAGGUGGAGGUGAAGGACAUUAACGACAACGCGCCUGUGUUCCCCCAGACACAAAAGAACCUGUUUAUGGCAGAAUCCAGGAUGCUAGACUCUCGGUUUCCACUAGAGGACGCUUCCGAUGCAGAUAUCGAAGAGAAUGCUCUGUUGACUUACAGACUGAGCCCGAACGAGUUUUUUUCUCUGGAUGUACCAACAAAUGACGAACAGGUAAAACCUCUUGGACUUGUAUUACGGAAACCUUUAGACAGGGAACAAUCUCCGGAACUUCAUUUAUUGCUUACGGCCACUGAUAGAGGCAAACCUGAGCUGACCGGCUCCGUUCAGUUACUCAUCAAAGUGCUGGACGCCAAUGACAACGCCCCCGCUUUCGAUAAAACACUCUAUGCCGUGAAAUUACCAGAAAAUAUUCCCAAUGGAACUUUGGUAAUUAAACUUAACGCCUCAGAUUUGGAUGAAGGCUCGAAUGCGGAUAUUAUUUACUCAUUCUCUAGUGAUGUUUCCCCAGAUAUAAAAUCUAAGUUCUACAUUGAUGCCAUAAACGGAGAAAUUGUAGCAAUAGGACAUAUCGAUUUUGAAGAAAGUAAAACCUAUAAACUUCAAAUAGAAGCGAUCGAUAAGGGCUCCCUACCACUAGCUGGUCACUGUACAGUUCAUGUGCAAGUUUUGGACGCUAAUGAUAAUGCUCCUGAGUUGGCUCUUACUUCCCUGUCUCUCCCUAUCUCAGAGAAUGCUCAGCCGGGCACAGUCAUCACCUUGAUUAAUGUGUCUGACCGAGAUUCUGGAACUAAUGGGGAGGUGACCUGCUCACUAACACCCCAUGUCCCCUUCAAGCUGGUGUCCACCUUCAAGAACUAC